CAGCAUGGCCGCGCUGUAUGAGGGCUACACGUUGUGCGGGCUUGUUCCUGCUCAAAAUCUGUCAAAUUCAGGCAUUCAGGGCAUCGAGGCGGAGAGAGACAGCGACCAUGUCGUCGUCACCGACUCAACCAGAUCUGUGACCCUGUACAAGGUUUCAGACCAGAAGCCACUGGGAAGCUGGACGGUGAAACAAGGACAGACUCUGACCUCUCCAGCAGUCUACAACUCACAAACCAAUGAAUAUGUGGCAGUCACAGACAAUAAGGUGAUCAGAAUUUGGAAGGAUGAAGAUAUACUCUUGGAUAAGGCCUUCAAAGCAACUGUGUCAUCUGAUGUGUGGAGGGUCCACUGUGUACCAGGAGGAGAGCCUGUGGCCUUGUUCCAGAGAGGAGCUGUGAGACUCCUUGACUCUCUCCUUUCUGCUCCUCAGCAGCCCAUAGAGGAAGUCCUGGCUCCAGAAGAGACUAUCAGGUGGAGCAUCAACAUUGUGGCUGAGACACAGCUGUUUGUCAUCUACACAACUGAACAGAAAGGAGACCAUUUCCUCUACCUGCAGAGACUGAAUCCCAACAUCCUACAGAGGUACCGACUGGAGAGAGAAGAGCCUGGUCUCUCCCCACUCAGCUUCUCCGCCUCCUACAAGGAUAAACACAUCCGCCUGCUUUAUCUCUAUCCUAACGGUCAUGUGUACCAGAGUGUAGUCUCUGUGCGGGGCCUGGGAGCUGAGGAAGGGGCCCAGGCUCUGCCGCUGCCCCGUAGCCUGCUGCUGGGUCUUCCUGUCGGUGUGGGACUGCUGGAGGCGGCAUCAGCCCUGAUCCUGGAUGAAGCCCAUGUAGCUGUUGUGGGAGUUCCACACCCAUCCGCUGGAGCUGGUAAAGACUUUCUCUGCAUCUGGAAUACUAAUUUCCAGACGCUUCAGGCAGGAAAAGAAAUAGCGGGUAAAAUCUAUGGACAGCUAUGGAGUUAUUCCAGCAAAUUAUUCAUUCCACAUGGGAAAACCUUGUCAGUUAUUCCAUACGAGUGCACCAAAUCUUCCCUUGCGUCUGCCCUGGGAAAACUGAAGCAGGCCAGAACCGAAGAGUCCAAAGCUCCAGCUUCUGUACCAUCUUGGAAUAACAUUCUUCACGGAGAGAAAGCUCAGCCCCCUCGAACGGUGGAGACCAGGAAGACGAGAACAACCCGUAAGACUCAAUCAGCACCUGCUUUAACAACUGAUCAAGUUUUGGAGCUCAUCAAGACAGCACCAGUUGAAGACGUCCAGAAGGAGGUGGAGGGCCUAUUUUCCAGGGCAGACAUUCAGGACUUGCAGCCCUCAGUGGGGCAGCUGGCAUCAUCCCUUGUGUCCCGUAGCCUCGCUGAUUCAGCCUUCUACACCCCCAGCACCCUGGCACAGCUAGUGCACACACAGUGCCUCUGCCACAGUGUGUGUCCUGACCUUGUUCUGCUUGCCCUGGAGAAGAAAGAUUAUUUCCUGUGUCAGCUGUGCUUGCAGUUCUUCCCUGACAUCCCAGAAGCCGUCACCUGUGCCUGCCUCAAGGCCUUUAUCAGUAUGCCAGACAUAGAUGCAGAAAAAGUGAGCCUGGACCCUGACAGCAUCUCCUUCAUGGACACACUCUCUCGGGAGCACGGCCAUCUUGGCAUGCAGAAUGGAUUUAGCCCCACUUCCAUGGAGGAUAACUGCUCAGACACUCAGAGCGGAGGUGGAGCUGUCACAAAGACCCGAGCAGAGGACAAGGAGACUUCAACUGCACCAGAACAAAUCUGUCCAGUGGGAAAACACAAGGCUGUUCUUCUAAAUGAGGUCCUGCAGGCGCCAUACAGCGAUAUUUACCUCCUCCCACACCUAAAAGAUCUCUCCUCUCAGAAUGUUAUUCUUUUCCUCCAGUACCUGCAGUUCCUCUACCUAAAAUAUUCCCAAGAUGCUUUCCCACAGAGGCAUGGAUUACGAUCACCGAGUCAGACUCAGAUCAUGGACUGGGUAUGCUUGCUGUUGGACUCUCAUUUCACAGUGCUAGUGAUGACUCCAGAGGCCAAAGGUCUACUGCUGAACCUCCACAGCUUUGUAAAGUCCCAGGUGAGACUGUUUUCAGAGCUCGGGAAGAUUGAGAGCAGCCUUCAAGAGCUCAAUAAGAUGAAGAUGAAAAAGGAUGUCGGACAAUACUCUAUUGAAGUCAUUGAGCUGUUUUAGAUUGUGUACAGAGUACUUUUAAUAAAACAUUGAGCAUAUUA